AUGUCUGCUGUGGUCCAGUGCCCGCGCACGUUGGCUGUGCAUUUUCCGCCAACCAUUUAUCGUUCCACUGGUUCGGCUCAAGUCCUGCCUGAUCUUAUCAAGUGCUUGGACAUUGCUAAUGUUCAAUGUAUCCAGUUCGUGCCCAAUGGGAUCAUUCGUGUUACGUUCAAGGAGUCUGCCCAGUGUGAUGCGGCCCCCUCUAGUGGUGUCUCCUUCCGUGGCUCUAAGCUUCGUGUUGCUCCUGUUGAUGCCCGGACUCCUCUGGUUUAUGUCCGUGACCUACCUGCGGAAGUGCCGGAUGAGCCUGUCAGUGUUUUCCUCCGUCAGUAUGGAGUUGUCGACUCCCUGUCGCCUCGUUUCCAUCCUGGCUUGCCUGGUGUUACCAACGGUAUUCGUGUGGCCAAGGUCACUCUCCUGAAAGAUCUGCCGUCAUCAGUUCGCAUUGCUGGGUUUGAUGUUCGCUUGUGGUAUCAGGGCCAGCCUCAGUCCUGCCCUGUCUGUCGUCAAUUUGGUCACCGCGUUCGUGAUUGA